GCGUGAAGAAAACUACACCGCAUCGCGGGGAGUCGCGGUUUCGCUGAACUGGUGGAGUAGUGUGUGUCGUGCGUCGUUGACGCAGUACCUACGGUCAUCGCGAUGACGAACGAGACGCCCUCGACGACGGCAACGUCCUCGCCGCCGACGGCCAACGGCACGGCAACCGCGGAGCUGUACCCUCCACCGGCGCGGGUGCGGGACAAAGCGUACGUCCGAAGCAUGGCCGAGUACGAAGAGAUGUACCAGAGGUCUCUGCGGGACCCGGAAGGUUUCUGGAAAGCCAUAGCGCAGGACUUCUACUGGAAGCACCCGCCGAAAUCCGGCAAGUUCGUCGACUUCAACAUCGACGUGCGCAAGGGCCCCGUGCACAUCCGCUGGAUGGAAGGCGCCAAGACCAACAUCUCCUACAACUUGCUCGACCGAAAUGUCGAGCGAGGGCUGGGCGCCACCGUCGCAUAUUACUGGGAAGGCAACGACCCGGAAGACUGCAGUGCCGUCACCUACCAGCAGCUGCUGGAUGAUGUAUGUCGGUUCGCCAAUGUGCUCAAGAGCCGAGGCCUCAAGAAAGAAGACACAGUUGCCCUGUACAUGCCCAUGAUCCCGGAGUUGGUUGUUGCCAUGCUGGCAUGUGCCCGAAUUGGAGUCAUUCAUUCUGUUGUGUUUGCAGGCUUCUCAUCAGACUCCCUGGGCGAGAGGCUCAAGGAUGCCAAGUGCAAGGUUGUCAUCACAGCUGAUGGUGUCUGGCGUGGGCCAAAGCUCAUUAACCUCAAGGAGAUAGUGGAUCAUGCUGUCAGCAAGGCCAAGGAACAAGGCCACGAAGUGAAGCAGACCAUUGUGGUGCGGCAUCUGACGUCUCAGGAAGUGCGACGCAAGGACACUGGCAAGCGGCCCUUCUCAGGGCUGCAGGUGGCCUGGAAUGCGGAGCAGGAUUCCUGGUGGCACGAGCUCAUGACAAACCAGCCCACAACCUGCACCCCUGAGUGGCUCGACGCAGAGGCUCCUUUGUUUUUGCUGUACACAAGUGGAUCCACGGGAAAACCUAAGGGCAUACUGCAUACAGUGGCCGGGUACAUGCUGUUCACCGCCACCACCUUCAAGUACGUCUUUGACUACCACCCAGGCGAUGUCUACUUCUGCACGGCCGACAUCGGCUGGAUCACAGGCCACUCGUACGUUGUGUACGGAGUCCUUGCCAAUGGUGCCACCAGCAUCAUGUUUGAGGGGGUGCCAUUCUUCCCGGAUGCAAGCCGCUACUGGUCCAUAGUGGAAAAGUACAAGGUGACCCAAUUCUACACAGCACCCACGGCUAUUCGGGCCCUCAUGAAGUAUGGCGACUCCUUCGUUCGCAAACAUGACCGGAAAUCGCUGCGCAUUCUGGGAACUGUUGGUGAACCCAUCAACCCAGAGGCCUGGCUUUGGUACCACAAAGUGGUCGGCAAUGCAUCAUGCGCUAUUGUGGACACCUUCUGGCAGACAGAGACGGGAGGUCAUGUGUUGACACCCUUACCGGGAGCCACACCAACCAAGCCGGGUUCUGCGACAUUUCCGUUCUUUGGAGUGGAGCCUGCUAUUGUUGAUGAGCAGGGCAAGGAGCUGGAAGGAGAGGCCGAAGGCUAUCUGGUGUUCAAGAGGCCCUGGCCCUCCAUGAUGCGAACGGUCUACAAUAACCAUGUUCGAUUUGAGACCACAUAUUUCAAGAAGUUUCCUGGUUACUACUGCACUGGUGAUGGGGCACGCCGAGACAAGGACGGCUACUUCUGGGUCACUGGACGCAUGGACGACAUGCUGAACGUUUCGGGCCACCUGCUCUCCACGGCCGAAGUGGAGUCGGCGCUCAUCGAACAUCCGGCAGUGGCAGAAUCUGCAGUGGUUGCACACCCGCACACUGUAAAGGGCGAGUGCCUCUACUGCUUCAUCGUACUUAAGGAUGGCUGCGAAUACAAUGAUCAGCUGCUGAAUGAUCUCAAGGAGAAAGUUCGGACCAAGAUUGGUCCCUUCGCCACGCCUGAGUACAUCCACCACGCACAGGCACUGCCCAAGACUCGGUCAGGGAAGAUCAUGCGUCGCGUGCUGCGUCAAGUUGCCCGGAAUAACCGCAAUUUUGGAGAUCUCAGCACCUUGGCAGAUGAAAGCGUCGUCGAAGCCCUCUUCAAGACAAGGCCACCCGUGGCCUAGACCCUGGCUUACGUUGUAGCAAGAGCAUGCAGUGAUCCAGAAUGCAAGCUAAUGGUCACACCGGAAGCCCAUUCCCCUUUGUGCCACGGCUGACGAUGCCACUGGUCAACGACACUUUCACUUGAUCCUAACUAGAAAGCAACACUGCAAGGCUUUGGUUUAGCAGCUGAUACCUGUUAAAAUGGAGAACAGCUCACACUGCUAAUGCAAAUACAUUAUGCACUGCGAGUUGCUGUGCAUGGAGUACUGCUUGAAGGUGUACAGGUGACCACACGGCACCUGCCAUCGUGGAAAAGCUACUCAUGGAAAAGUCGGGUUGCUGUUGAUGCUAGUAGUUCUCCUAAGUGGCACAGCAGAUGCUGGCUACCAUUGUGUACGGUGUCCAAAUUGUCUUAGACUAACAUACUGCAAACACCGCUUCAAUGCACAGUGAAAACAUGUGCAGUGCAGGGUCACAUCUUUCAACAUAUGGCUCAACUUUUCCUAGUGAUGCCAGUCAUAGCCAAGGAGUCUUGUUAUACAGGCAAAGUAAUUGGGCUGACUCACCACACUGCGCUCCAGAGAUUAGCUUGCAUUCUGGGCCACUUGAAAGCUGGUGCAUGGAAUGUGGUGCAGAAUCCGAUGAAGGGGACAUUUUUCCAGACAUGUGCUCAGUGCAUGUAUCUAUAGCUGAGAAUCUACUUAAGCUUACAGCUGCUGUUGUUUAGUGAUAUAACUUUACUUGUUACAUUGGCAGGAGGUCAUGCACCUUUAUCACUGUUUUAUUCUCAGGCACAUUGUUUUUUGGUGUUGUUCUUUUUUUUUUUUUUUUUUUUUUAUUCUUAGGACUGGCAUGACCUCAAGCAGGUGAUCUCUCGCCCACAUCAGGGUUGUGGUUUAGUGAAGAACUUUGAAGUUUUAAGACUGUUGUUGCUUCUCCAGAGUUUACUGUUGCCCGGUGCAAUAUUUGUGAAAGACAAAACAAACUCUUUCAAGUUGUAUGUGAUCGUACACACUAGUCGUUGAAACAGUGGCAUGUGAAGAUCCUUUGUGACCAGAUUCCUAGUCCCGUGUCUUACCUGGAAAAGCUGCGUUCAUGUUGUCACCAUGCUCCCAAGCAUUGCUUGGCCAAAUGGCCUGCAACACUUUCAUUUUCUCUCAUUCUGAAACUCGUACGUGACAGCGCAGAAUGGUAGUCUGUCAACAAUUUCAACUGGCAUCGGUCACUGACUGGAUUGUGGACCAGAAAAAACAAGCAUUUGUUAAGUUGUUUUUCAGCAGUCACACAGCCCCAUCAUUUUUUUUCUUCCUCACCAUGUGUCAACCCCAUUACACACACAAGGCCAAAAACUGCAUUGUGAUGGCACUUUGCACAGUGGUGGUGCUCUACAACGACAAUCAAAUGCUUUUGCCAUUCCAGGAACACAGACAUGCAACUACAACUGCGCAGAAUUAGUUAGAGAGAAGGUGCUCGUGGAAACUCUACCUCCAGCAGCCCCAAGCACAGAGGCAUGGAAAUAUCGCUGAAGCUUGUCUUCAGAAAUGAUCUUCAGGGUUUCAUGGGUGCAUUGGUCGAGAGAGCCAUUAUCGAGAAACUGCGCAGUAUCGUCGCCUCCUCUCCUUGUGGCCUAUCUGUGUUCCAUGGAGCCUUUUGCAUGCCUUAGCUGCGUCAGACAAUCAGUCUAGGCUGUUAAACUUUUCUUGUUCGCAGUGUUCAAGCUUGUUGCAUAGUUGUGUAGGUAGUAUCCAGCCACCCACCAGCACAGGUUGGUCUGGUAUGUACUGGAGUCGCCACGUUUUUGUGAGGGGUCAUGCUGUAACCAUAGCACAGCCCCGUACAGCAUGCUGCAAUUGCAGAUCCCUCCCAUGCAGCACUCUGUCAAAUUAACUCAAAUGUUCUGCAUGCGGCAUUCUUGCAACGCUUUUAACGCUAUGUCAGCCAGACACAUUCCAGUCAUUUGAGUGUAGUCCACAUUACGGAGACAGUUUUCAGCAAAAAUCUUGCAGCGAUUCUCUUAAACUGUGCUUUUUACUAUAGCUGAUGCAUAUACGUUGCCUCAUGCAUCUUUUCAUGAGGAGCUUGAAAUGGGUGCUGCCAUAUGCAAGACUGGACUGUGGCAGGCAAAUGCUGGCUGCUCUAGAAUAGGCCAGAAUAAGCUCAAGGCUCCCACAUGUCCCUGCUACAGUCCAGAAAGUCUCUGGUGCUGUGAGCCAGCAAAUGUUUACAGAUGACUGGCUUUAAAAAGGUAAACGUAUUGUGGUAUCUUUGGCUUGUCGUUUUCGAGCACUCUAGACCGAUCUUGCGGGCGGCAAUUUUAUUCGACUGGCCGAAAGAGAGAGAGCACCUUGCGUUCAGCUGGUUCUUUUCGAUCACUCUCCUCCCGUGUAGAGCGGUCUCAGGCACUCUGAGCCCUGUCGUCGGAGCAGUCAUUGAGGUUUUGCAAUCGUAUUCCGUCACGUGAUUAAAACACAGUGCUGUGGCAUUGUUGCUGCUGACGAUGCUCUAGCGAACACAGGCCACUCAGUGCAUGCUGGCGUCUCAACAAACAGUGCUCGUCCCAUCGGCACAUACACCGUUUUUUCUGGCAGUGUCGGCACCUUUGGCUAGGCUUCCACACAAAAUCGGAUUUUUCCUGUAGUCGUGUGGUUGCGCUUCUGCCAUUUCCUCCUCUGACAGUGAGUCACACAUUUAUGCACUUGUCCUCCGACUCCGAGUUCGAGGAGCACCAGAUCUGCCUGACUCUGAGCCAGAGGAUGGAUUCAACCAGCCGAAGACACCAUUAGGAGCCAUCCUGGAACUGAUAAUCGAAGCACUCCAUGCACACUUAAGUUUCAGGUUGUGCGUGAGGCUGUAAGGGAACCCACUUCUUUCUUCACUCCCGCAGCUUAGGCAAGUUUUGCUGGCAAUACUGUGCAAAGGUGCAUCUUUACACAUACAUGCAAAAUACACUAUUAUGGCCAUCUGUAGAUCAAGAUCUCUGGUCUUAAACUUCAUGGUCAGCACAUCAAUGUGCACACUGCACACGGCCAGUUGUAUUUGGUGCAUUGAUGCAUUACGAUGCAUUGUUUACAGCUUUCACUGCUUGCUGAGUGGACGCAAUUUGCUGUGGAGUGAUUAGCGGUGCAGUGAAUGUUGUUACCUUGCAGCUUGCUCGUUUGUUGUGCGUACAAUGCAUGGCCCUGUAGGCAAAAGUGCAAUAAAUGUUCCAUCAACCUA